GGCAGCGUGGGAGCCGUUGCGCUGGGGGCCAAUGGGAGAAGCGGAAAGGUGGGAGCCGGUCGGCAGAGGCGGCAGUUGAGAAAACUUCGAGUAAACCACUGGGGACGGGAAGGCGGUGAACCUCCUCUCCUGCUAGGCAGGCCGAGAGCUCGUCAGGGCUGCCAUGGCCAAGCUGCAAGGGCUGCAAGCGGACUACGUCUUUCGGGGCGUGGAGCAUGUCGUGCGGAUGACGGUGGAGGGGAACCUUCUGGAGGUGGAAGUGGAGGACCGCCUGACCACGGACCAGUGGCGAGGAGAGUUUGAUGCUGCUUUCAUUGAAGACCUAACACACAAGACGGGGAAUUUCAAGCAGUUUGGGAUCUUUUGCAGCAUGCUGGAGUCGGCCCUUACGCAGAGCAGUGAGUCAGUCACCUUGGACCUCCUCACCUACACCGACUUGGAGGCGCUGCGGAGCAGGAAGAUCGGGAUGGGCCCGAGGCACACGUCUGCCACCAAAAGUUCCCCGCUGAGCUCCAAGCGCUACCUGAUACUGAUCUACUCCGUGGAAUUUGACAGGAUUCACUACCCUCUGCCGCUACCCUACGUGGGGAAGCCGGACCCCGUCGUCCUGCAGAAGGUGAUCCGAGAGCUGAAGGAGGAGCUGGCCGUGCUGAAGGCGAAGCCAGGCAAGGACUUCCGAGAUGUUGAGAUCCGCCGUCUCCGGGACGACAGGCUGCAGCAGGUCCUGGAGGAGAAGCAGGCGGUGGAGACGGCCCUGCUGGCCCUGCAGGAGGAGCUGAAGCUGGCCAGCAAGAGCAGCGCCCUCAAGGAAGCGAAGAUCCUCAAGAAAGUGGUGCAGAGCCUGGAGGAGGAGCUGGCCAAGGAGAGGGCCAAGCACCAGCGGGCAGCCAACAAGCGGCUGCAGGAGAGCCGGCAGCUGGCCGACGAGCUGGCCGAGCUGAAAGCGACCGAGAGGGGCCUCCGGAUCCGGGUGAAGAGCCUGACCACGGAGCUGGCAUUAUACAAGAAGGGGCGCUUCACCCCUACCGCACCGUCUCCCCAGAAUCAUUUCACCCGCCCCAGCCUGAACCGAACCAGCAACGCCGCCAAGAGGAAAGAGGAUCGCCGGUCCACCUCGGGGGAACGGUCAAACUCUCGGGAGCACAGUGGGGCCUGGGUGCCCAGCCGACACCGGUCCACAUCCAGGGAGGGGCGCAGCGGGAGCCAGGGCCGGCUCACACGGCAGUCCCCGUCCCCUACAGGCUCCCGGGGACCACGCUUCGACCCCACGGCUUAUGUGAAGGCCAGGGAACGCAAGCAGAAGGAAGCAGAGCAAAACAACAAGCGAUACCUCCGUCGAGGGAUGGGCGACACCCCACCAAGUGGCUGGCGCCACACUCAGUCCAGAGGGCUGGCAGCGUUCAGCACAGCUGGGAAGUCCCGUGGCAGGAGUUCUUCAGUGGAAAGCUUCCGCAGCCGGCGCUCUUCUGCGAGCUCGGGGAGCGAAAUGGACGAUUACUCUGAACCUACCAUUUCUAGGGGCCGGAAGCGAGUGGGAAGGGGCCGGAAGCCCCUGAGCAGCUCCUCGUGGAAUGGAUCAUCUGGGGUUCCUAGAGCGGACAGUAGUCACAGGAAGCCGCUUGUGAGCACCCCGACUGCAGGAAAGCAAGCUGACAAAGAAAAUCUUUAUGACGACCCCCCAGCUGACCUCUCUGAAAUCGACGCUCGGCUCCAGGCCUUGCAGGAAUACAUGAAUAAACUCGAGACGAGAACGUAGUCCCUGCAGAGGAUCGAGGGUGCCUUCCAACGGCCUUCCAGCGGAGCUCAAUAACAUACCCACAGCUGCCGAGAACUGGCCAGAAAUUGCUAAGGGCUUCCCCCGCCCCCCUCCCUCUCAACAUUGGCACUGUCCCUUUUUCUACACUUGGGUGUGGGUCUGAAAUACGAAGAUUAUUCUGGAGUGGGAAUCAUGGAGGUGUUAGUUUUUCCUAAAUGCUUAGCUCGUACACGCACGGCAUGUCUUACUGAAGCAGGUAGUCUUUCUCCCUUCUGUGCUGCCGUUUAGGACUUGCAGGUGCGGAGUCUGCAGCGCAUCAGAUGCAAGAGAGAGUGCAGGCCUUGGGAGCUUGACCCGCGCCAUCCGCCACUGCGCCUUAAGAAAAGGGUGCGGGAGGGCUUCUCGGGCAUCAGAGUGCCCUGCUAAACCCCUUUCUUCUAAUUCUGCCACCCUGUCAGGUCUGAUCUCAAGAAACGCCUUGAGAGCAAAGCGACAGUGUUACAGCCCUGCAGCCCUUCCUUCGAGCCCUGCCCAGCGGAAAGGCAACAACUUAGGCCGUUUUCACCCUCUUUAACAUCGCGCAAAGCUCACGGAACGAGGGUGUCUUCACGGCGCGAUUUCUGACGCCAUCCCAUCAUGAUUCCGUUUUCGCAGCACGACGACAUCAGAAAUCGCGCCGCGAGGACACCUUCGUUCCGUGAGUUUUGCGCGAUGUUAAAGAGGGUGAAAACAGCCAUGCUGCUCCCAGUUGUUCCCCCUGACUGUGGAGUUUCCCUGACUCUGCUUGGGCGUGGUUGGGGGCUGAUUUGCUUCAGUGUGUCGGUGAAGACUGCCCUCUGGGUGCUGGGCUAGGAAUCCCUGCCAAGCAGCCGCCUCAGUGGGACUCGGCAAAGCCCUUUGAUGACAGAGGCACUAGCGAUGAUUGAAAAAGCUAUUUGUUUUUCGUUUGUCAGUUUUUCUUCUCUGCUGGGGCAGGCACCCAAGACGAGCUGAGCCAGCGAAGAUCUGGAUUUAAAUAUUUGUUAAAAAACAGCCCUGUGUGCUUUCAGCCUGGCUUCUUUCGACCUGAUUUCUCCGCAGGUGUUAAACGGCUGCCUGAUUUGCACAGCUGGGCCUGUUUCCUGGCUUAACCAAGCCCGGCCAGAUUUGCCCACUGUGCUGAGUAGCGAUUAAUCCUGAGCGCUUUGAUAGGGUCUCUCCUCCAGCGGGGCUGGCUCAUAAUUUUCUGUGACCUCUUUCUAAACAUUCCUGAAAGCUCUUUUCUAGCUUCUCCCCACAGAGAAGUAUAGUGGUGUAUGCUUGUGCGGGACUGUGUAUGGUGAUCCUUUUUGUAAAUAAAC